UCCAUCUUCAUUGAGUACUCUUUCCUGACAUCCGAGUCUUCUUAGUAUAAUCUACAAAAAUAUCAAAAAAAUAUUUCGAUUCUAUCCAUCUUCACUCGCCAAGAUAUAUACUGAAGUAGAAACAUUGAAGAUAUGGAACACAUCUCGAUGAAAUUGAUCUUCUUGUUUACUCUUUUGGUUUUCACUGCUGGUGUAACAAACAUUGGAGCAGAAGAAUUCACUCGAGAUAACAACGACGGCGUCGACUUGGGGGCCUCGGCUUUCUCAUUAAAGAAUCCGUGCUCAAGAGUGAAGUCAUGUAGUUGUGCACUCGGAAUUUGUGUUUGUAAGCUGCAUGGCGGCUUACCUCUGUCGUCUUCCCAACCACUCGGUGCCAGAGGUAACAACGAUGAUGUCGUGGAAACCGGGCUUUACCAUGUUAAAUGCGAGCUAGUGACGGCGUGUAGUUGUGUGUUCCGAACUUGCUUUUGCCUAGAGCGCAGAAAGCCUCCAUCAUCUCUCCAAUCGCACGACGCCGAGGAGCAAAUCGUUUGAAAUUUUAGGUUAGGUUGAUGAUGAAUUUCGGGUGUUUAGUUUCCGGAUUAUAUAGAUUCGUAAUAACAUAGAAUGUAUUGA